UGGAAAAUCCUGCUGAAGGUACAAAAGAAUGGACAGUUCUGCUAAUAACUCUUGAGGAAAUAGUUUUCUACCUGCUCAAGAUUAGAAGACAAGCUCAUUCUUAGAGUCUUCUGAAAUAAAAUUAAGAUGGAUUGGAUAGAUGAAUAUCCCCAUAAUUCUUUUGACUUGCAAUGUUUGUUAAACUCAUUUCCUGGAGACUUGGAGUUUAAGCAGAUCUUUAGCGAUAUUGAUGACCAGAUGGAGCAAAAUGCUAAAAGCAUAGAACAUUGCAUUAAAGAAAUACAGUCCGAAGUUCACAAACACUGUCCAGACGUGCAGCUGCAAACGACGACUGACUGCUUUGAGUGGCUAACUAACUAUAAUUAUAACACAUCUAAGUCACCUUCCUUUCCCCAUGGAGAUUUGAUGAGAUUCCUCAAAACACUGCAAGAUUUGUUGAAGAAUGAACAAAAUCAAGAAGAAAUGAUACUGGAUUUACUUUGGGACCUCUCCUGCCAGAGCAGUGUUUCAUUCCCGUCGACUCUAAGUGGAACAUCUUUCCAUUCCCUCUCAAGGAAUUCUCUUCAUUCUGUUGAAGAUCAUUCCUUGGUGGAAGUGAAGUCUAUAUGGAAUGAUAUAAGACUGCAUCUUCGACACUUCUUAGUGAGCAGAUUAGAAAGCCAUAAUGAGAUAAACAAUUCACAGCAAAAAAUUGCAUUGAAAAACCAAUGCAUACAACAACUCUUGUUUCUUUAUCCAGAAUCGGAAGUUAUCACCAAGUACCAAAACAUACAAAAUAAACUGUUAGCUAAAUUUCUGCAAAGCUGCUUUCCUUCUUACAGCAGAGAUUCAAAUUUAGACAUAAUAGCUCAUGGAUACCAAAAUACAAUGGUUACGUUAUACUCAAUGAUAAAAGAGGAUUUUAACACAGUGUGUGAAAUUUUAACUCCAUCCUCAACAAUGAAAUUCAUUAAAGAAACUUACCUGGAUACAAUUACAGAAGAAAUGGCAAAUUUUCUUGAAAAUUUUUGUGAGCUGCAGUUCAAAGAAAAUGCUGUUCGUGUGGUUAAAACAAGCAAGAGCUCCAGCAAGCAUAGAGGAGCAGUGCAUGCUUUGGUUAUUCCUGAAGACCCACAGAAAGGAAGAAACUUUUCUCUUUCCUUAGAUGAACUCCAGUUCUUAUCACAGCUCAUAAAAUCCUGUUUGAAACUGGAAAACAAGGUUCAAGAAUUGUUUGAAGAAAUGUUUUUAUCAUUUAAGACGCCCAGAAAUUCUUCAGAAACUUUGGAGAAAUCCAAUAGAGAAGUUAUAAUAGAGAAGAAACCUAGACCAAAUGAAGCCAGUAUUGUUUCAGAGCAAUUGUUACCAACAAAGGCUACUUUCCUAGAUUUUGACUGGAGGAAUGCUUUUAAAAUACUAUCUCUUCCCAUUGCACACUACAUAACAACAACAGUUGAAGAUUUUUCCACAAAAAUUCUCCAACAGGAACAGAAUGAAAGGUCUUCAGCUAUAAGCUAUGCGAUGACUCUUGUAAAUGCCCAGCACGAUUGGCAAGAUUGUCACUUGUUUCCUAAUGAGGAACAACCAAAGAAAAUCGCAAAGUUUUGUUCUGACAUCAUGGAAAAGCUUGACACAAUGCUUCCACUGGCUCUGGCAUGCAGAGAUGAUUCUUUUCAGGAAAUUAGAGCAAACUUGGUGGAGGCCUGUUAUAAAGUGGCAACAGCUGUCCUGGCAAGACUGCAAGAGAGAGGCAAGGAGGUUCCUUCCAAAGCACCCUUGAGAAACCUGCACAUACUCCUCUCCACAGCGGUGUAUAUCUUCCAGCAUUUCACACAGUAUGAUAAUUUGAUGAAAGAAACUACUAAGAAACCCAUAUUCCUGGUGCCUGUCCAACGCUAUCAGGAAUUCAUCAACACUCUACAGUUUCAGGUUACGGACUACUGCGUCAGACUUUGUGCUACAAGCAUUUUACAGGAUGGUGAGAGCCACCACUGGGAUGACUACAAAGCUUUUUAUGAGGGGGAAAGAUGUUCCUUCUCACUCCAGAUGUGGCAUUAUUUCUACUGGACUCUUCAUCAUGAUCUCUGGACCAUACUGCCCCCAAAGUUAGCCCAGGAGAUUCUGGCAGAAGUGCUGGAGAAAUCUUUGGGUCUACUGGCCUCCAGAUAUGCUCGGGCCCAUCCCAGUUAUAAGAGAACUCCACAGAUAAGACUCGAUGUCACAACAAUUUUAAUAUGUACUGAGAACAUGCUAUGGUCAGUUUGUACAUCUGUACAGGAACUUUUGAAUCCUCAUAUGUAUAAAGAUAAUAAAAUUUUAAAAAUUCAUACCCAUUGUAAUAAUCUAUUUACGACAUUAGUCAUUCUGACUUCACCGCUAACAGAAUUAUAUAAGACUUUUCAGCAUGGCCUGGAUGACUCUGCUUCAGGUUCCUUAAAAGCAUUCUUCAACCAACCAUUACAUUGGGUUUCUUGCAUAUCACAUUUCUACCCUUCAUUACUCAGGACGCCAUCAGCUGGAGGACUGAAUGCUGAGGGUCAAUUGAAACUGCUCUUAUCCCAGCCAGGUUGUAACUGGAACCUUCUUCUGGAAACCCUACUGUGUAAUGAUGGCCUUUUACCGAGAAUCUUGUUGAAGAGCUCAAAAUGCAUCUUCCGAGAACAAGUUUCUGACACAGAAAGCAAUCCAAACCAAGGAUCUAGCAUGAUGGAAGCCAUUUUUAACAUACUGUACCAUUGCAGUUUUUCUCCACAAAUAUUUGGAAAUGUUUUUGUGAGCUACAUAGAAGAAGAACAAUUAUGGGACUUUUUAUACAGCAUUCCAGUCUCAGGGAAUGUGGCAUCUGAGCCAGAGGUCAUCCGAUGCUUGAGACUGGCACUGACUGGCGCUGUCAAGGACACUGUGCAGCAGAUAGUAUCUGUGACGAGCUCUCGGAGAAGCAGAGAGACAAACUUAAGCAAGCCCCGCAUUCCUGACCAUCUGCUUGAGACUAUUCCACAAGAAUGGAAUUACAUUCCAAAAGAAAACAAAAGGAACGAAUCAAACAGAGGCUUCACAAGGCUUGCUGUUCAGGCAGUAUCUAUUGUAAUCAGCAAGUUACCUACGGUGAUUGCAUGUUUGCCUCCCCCAAUUAAAUACUUCUUUUUUCUGUCGGAGAGAAAAAUGUCAAAAAACUUUGUUGAAUUGAAGAAAGCUGGCCUGCUUGUCUGGAACUUGAUUGUAAUUAUAUGUCGAAUAUUUGAGGAUGGAAACACCAUGGAACUUUUAACAGGUGCCUCCCUUGACAGAUGGAGUAAAGAGAAACUUGGUUUAAUUUGUGUGUGUUUGGAAAGCCUCAUGGGAGAGCAAAAAAGCCAUAAUCAAAGGACCCAAAAGGUCAUACAGAGCAUUGAGCAGCAAAAGCCCAACUGGAUUGAAUGCCAACUGUUGAAAGCAAGAAAAUUGAGCACUGAAUGUGCAUUUAUGACAAUGGAGAAAAGCACAGUCUUAGAAGAAGGAGACACUGCUCUUGAACUGACUGAGCAGAAAAUAAACACGAUGGUCCUGGAUCUCUGCCACAAACCAGGUGGCAGCGAGUACCUGAGGCAAAUUUAUCACUUCAUGCGGCUCAAUGAGGAAUGUUUAAAAGAACAGCUGUUUUCUAUGAAUGGUUCAGAGGAAAAACCAUUACCCAUCCGACCUUUAAAGACGACCUUGAGGAGAGUGGAAGAUCAGGCUUCUGCCUUUAACCCUUUCCAUGUGCAUAAGGUGUUUAGUGAAAAUGUGCUAGAUCAGGUAUUCAUCACAAAAUGGAGCUGGAACUGGUCAAACUUGCUGCCAAAUUAUCUGGGCCUGGAUAAGAUGACCUUCAGUGUGCUACUCGAAAAUAGGUAAUAAGAUUGAGGAUCUUGGGGA